AUGAUGAUGGAUAAUAAAAUUAUUCUGCAAAAUUCUAAUAAUUAUAAAAAUUAUCUAGAUUUUGAAAAUGUGCUAGAAAUAGAGAUGAUUUUUGAGAAAAUAAAAACGAAAAUAGCUGAAGUAAUUUACAAUUUUCUGAAAUAUUGGAAUGCUAUUGAUUAGGAGAAGAUUUUAGAAUCUGAUUUAUUGAGAUUAGAUAAUAAAAUAUAAAGUGGUAUCCUUGAAUGUGAAAAGAUGUGGUAAAAUCAACAUGAAAUACAUUAUCUAAGUAAAAAACCAUAAUGGGAAUUCUUGUAUAUAUGGUAUAAGAGAUAUGUACUCAAUUAAAAAAUGAAGGGAUAAACAAUUGAUUAUCAAAUUUCAAACAAUUUGCAAUAGAAUUUUUGUGAUGAGGAUUCAGACUCAGAUUCUGAUUAUGAAAAUCAUUAUAGACAGGCUUUUGAUCCAAAAAAGCUUUUUUAUUCAAUGAUAGCUACUAAAGAAAAUGGAACUAUUGUCAAAUGUAUGAAUAUACUAGAUAGAUCUUUGGAUUAUAAGGAUUCAGUAAUAUUAAUUAGAUUAUUACUAAUUCUAUGA